CUCGCCAUCUACACUCAAAGACCACAACAGACUACUCGCCCUGUGCGACUUCGAUAGACGAAUCACUUGCUCAUCUAUACUCCUGCUGUGAAGACGAUACAUCCUCGCCUUUGCACGCUCUUCUAGCACAGCCAAACCAGCCAGCCAAUCCGACGAAGAGGCCAGCCAGCGCGGACCUUUUCCAAGGACCCCUUCAUCUACACAUCGGUCACUGCUAAGCCAACGGCACUGCUUUGACCAGGCUCUCCCCCUCUUCGCAUCUCUUCAAGCACACACAGUUCGUCUCGUCGGCUUCAAAAUGUCCUACGGCCAAUCACCAUACGGCGGUGGCCUCUCCUCCACCAACACAGCAGUGGGCAACAGUGCCGACUCGCCCCUGGAGAAGAUCCGUGCUCUCUCUGCCACAGCAGAAGACUACAUCGACACCUACACUCAACCGAUCAAGCCUCAUCUCCCUGCUCUGGGAAGAUUCCUGAUCGUGGUGACAUUCUUGGAAGAUGCAUUGAGAAUCGUGACGCAAUGGGGAGAUCAACUCUAUUAUUUGCAGAAACAUAGGGGAUUCCCAUGGGGGUUGAGCCAUCUCUUCUUGAUGACCAAUGUCAUUAUCAUGCUCACCGCCUCUGUCGCAGUCAUCGGCCGCAAGUACCCAGAGUACUCUGUUGGAGCCCUCCUGUCUGUGGUCAUCGUUCAGGGCUUCGGCUACGGUCUCAUCUUCGACCUGAACUUCUUCCUCCGCAACCUGUCCGUCAUCGGUGGUCUGCUCAUGGUCCUGUCGGAUUCGCUGAGCCAAAAGAAGAACCUCUUUGCUGGUCUGCCCAGCAUUAGCGAAACGGACAAGCGGAUCUACUUCCAGCUCGCUGGACGAGUCCUCUUGAUCUUCCUCUUCCUCGGCUUCGUCUUCACAGGCGAGUGGACACUGAUCCGAGUCAUCGUCUCCUUCUUUGGUCUAGCGGCUUGCAUCAUGGUCGCUGUCGGGUUCAAGGCAAGGUGGAGCGCCUCUUUCCUCGUCCUCCUGCUGAGCAUCUUCAACAUCCUCGUCAACAACUGGUGGGCCACCCACGCCUCGCACCCUGCAAGGGACUUCCUCCGAUACGACUUCUUCCAGACCUUGUCCAUCGUUGGUGGACUGUUGUUGCUCGUCAACCAGGGACCGGGAGGCUUCUCCAUGGAUGAGAGGAAGAAGGUCACUUAAGGCAGCUGCCUGUGAGCGAGAGAGCAAGAGAGCGAGCGGUCUGUAUCAGAUAUCUGAGGUGGAGGCUAUGUUGGGAGUUGGAGGGAGAAAGCAGUGUGAAGAUGAAGUUGACGGUAAGCGAGAGAGCGGUCACGUCGUACAAUGCCAAGGGAUCAAUGCAAGGUCUCGACCUUGUAGUGGUAGAAAGGGAGGACGAGGGUGCUCAAUGCUUUGCAAGCUCGUGGGGAAUGCAAACCUCGUCGAGCUUUUCAUCUAAAACCAAUCUAUUCACGAUGCCCAUCUCCACUGGUCUGCCCCGUGCACACUCUUCCUUCAUCGCCGUAUGUGCUUAUUGAUCCCUAGACUACCCUCUCAUUAUCUUCCCACCCUCACGACCCUCUUCCUGCCCCUCCGACCAAUCCCCUUGAAAGGGUCAUUCUGUGCCUUUUUCCUCUUCUCCUCCUCCGUCUCUCCCGCUCCGUCUUCCCCUUCCUCAUCCUCCUGUCCAAAA